UGUUUUAAUUAUACAAUGUUAUAAUAGCGUCUAUAGGUACUUUACACCAAAACAUUUUACACCCGAGUAUUAAAGACUGCUCUAAAAACUAAAAAACCUACUGGGCCAUGGUUUAUUCGGAUAAAUCUAUGGAGCCAAUCAAGCGAAAAUUCCCCGUAAAAUCGAAAAUUCCAGUGGAGAAGAACGAAGGGGAAAGCGUAGACUUCCGACGAUUUGUUGACGACUACAGCAAAUUAUUCGGUAAAAGCACAUCGAACUUCGGCGAUCCCCAUUCGUACUUUCGGCACACGCUGCGCAAUCGUGAAAAGGAGGAUUUACUUAGGGACCUACGUGUGGCCGAGCAAUUCCUGCGAGAGGCUAAAUCCACCGGGAACGUAAAGAAAAAAGUAAAUAAGAAACUGAGAUAUUCAUUAACCGCCAGAAGCCCGCGUUUAUCAGAGAAUCAAGACGAACAAAGACUGUCAAGCAGAUCAGAAAAAGGAAAGAAGCAAUUGUACUCUCCAAAAUUUGAGGCCGGUGAUUUUCCUAAGCCCAAUUUAUUAUUUAAAGAGUUAAAACCAGAAGAAGCAGGUGAUUCACCUCGCUAUCUUAAAGACAAACUUGUAGUCGAUCUAUACAUUAAUCAACAUCAAGAGGAGGAGGAAAAAUCUUCGGAAACCGAAGAAACACACGAAGUCUAUCUUCCAGAAACCGUUUUAGAAGAAGAGGAACCAGAACCACAGGUGCCACAGGAGGAAAAGGACAAAGCUGCAGAGAUGUCUGACGAAGAGGAAGUGACGGAGCCUACCGAGGCGGAGAUGGAUACCGAGGGUGAAGCUGAGGGUGAUGAUAUGGAGGAAGUAGAGGCAAUGAUUAAGCAAGCAUCUCAGGAGUUAGAGCAGGUCGCUGAGGAGAACCAGCAGCUGCUUGAUGCACUCGGAGAAGACAAGGAUGAUGAAGACACUGGUUCGGUUUUCGCCUACGAUUCAAAAAUCGAUGAGAAGGUCCUCAGGGAGUUGGAAGAGUGCGAACGACAGGCUAAAUGUACUGCGGAAGUAAUCACCACAAUCAAAAAACGAGUCGCUGAACUUAUGCAAAAGGACAAAAUGACUGAGGGCGAAGCGAAGGAACUGGAGCGUAUGAACAAAGAGCUCAAGGCUCAGAUGGUCAUAUUCGAGGAGAAGACGAGACGCAUACAGCAGCUAAUUGCUCAGGCGAACCUUUUCGAAAAUUACAAGUCUCCCAGACCAGCUCUGGAGAUACCCCGGGAUGAGGAUCGUCUGCCCAAAGUGAUUGUGUGCGGCGCUACUGAGAACGACAUGCCCAAGAUAAUUGUGUGCCAUGAUAAAAGCAAGCAAAAACGGAGCGAUCCUUGCGCACCUGGUCCGCUGCCCCAGCAACAGCAGAUGAUGGGCGGGGCACCGUUUUUGCUUGCGCAGAACGCCAUGGGGAUGGGCGGCAUGAGACCGCCGCCUACAGUUUGCGGUCCGCCAGGAACACCGGGUGUUACCACCGGAUACGGAGCAUACGGCGGCAUGGGUGGUGGAGCUCCUGGUGGAAUGGGUGGUGGAGUUCCUGGUGGAAUGGGUGCCGGAGCAGCAGGCUGUGUACGUGUCGGAGCGUCUUGUGGAGUAGGUUCAAUGCCUCCACCAGGAACUAUGAAUGUAGUACCCCAAUUGGCUCAAACUUUAAACGAAAGCUUUUGCAUGCAAGAGAAGCUUGCUAAUGAAAAUCAGAAUCUAGAGGGAAUGAGAUACAAGCUCCAAUCCGACCUGGCGGCCCAAGAUACCACCGUAGAAUGUCUUCAAUCGCAACUGGAGAAUCUCCGUGCGGAGAUGCGGAUGAUUUGCAAGGAAAAUUCUUUGCUUACGGAAAAACUAAUGCAACAACAAAAGCCGCAGCAGCAACAAUGCCAGCCAGCGGAGAAACCACGUGCAGUCUGUGAACGAGGUAAUCGUGGUACAAUUGAAACACGACUACGUCAGUACACAGACACGACAGAGAAUUUGGAGAAGCAACUUGCUGCUAUGGAACGUGACGUUCGGAAUAUUCAAUGCGAUUUACGGGGAGUACAACGUGAACGUCAACAUCUCGAGCAACAUCGACGAAAAGCUACUACACCAGCACCGCCUCAAGAGAAAAGUCAUACCUGUUCACCACCCUCUCUGACUACGGGUUCACAAAAUCAACAACUAUGUGAGAUACGGGAGCAAUACUGUCGUUUGCAGGAUGACUUUAAAAGUAAGCUGUGUGAAGUGGCUGGAUUACGAGCUGACAAUGAAAAGUUUAAAAGCUGCAUCGCUCAGAUGGAACAAGAUAAACGUGCAGCUGAAGAUAAGGUCAGGGAACUAGAGGUUGAAAUCAAAGAACUUUCUGGAAAGGGAUUUAACAAAGAAAGCUUAGUAGAAAUGGAACAAGAACUCCGAGUGGCUAGACAACGAUUUAGAGAAGCUCAAGACGAAUUGGAGGAAUUGCGAGCCUUAAUUGAGGACCACCAAAGCCAACUUGAUGAUUACAGGAAUAAAUAUAUCGUAGCUCAACAGGAGGUGGAAGAACAACGGCGCCAUAUCGACAUGAUGGAACUGGAAAACGGACGAGUCAGCGAGCAAGUCAACUUGGAGAUCCAACGAGUUAAAAAUCAGUUCCAAGAAAAGUUGCAAGAGUUGACCCCAUUGCCUGACGUUUUGCGCUGCACUCAGACGAAGCUGCAGGAGGCUCAACAAAUGCACAUGCUGGCCGAACGCAACAACGAGGCGAUGGCCCGUGAACUGCAACUUUACAAGGACAAAAUUGCCGAAAUGGCUCGGGAACUGAACGAACUGCGUGGUGACGAUGAUGAGGCUGCAAUGUCCCUCAAAAUCGAACAACUUAAUAAAACGAUUGAGGAUUUGAAUGCGGAUCUGGCCGUUUGUCGCCAGGAACUGACCAAGACCACCUCCUUGGCGGACGAAAAGGAUCGAUUGGCUCAGGCCAAACUGCACGAGAUCGCACAGCUUCAAGCUCAGCUUGAAGGAGUGCGCGAGGAGUCGGCUCGACAAGUGGCUCGCACCAAGGACAGAUGUGAAACAGUGCGCCGUUCUAUGCAAAAUCAAAUCUCAGAUUUGGAACGUCAGUUGGCGCUGAGCAGGGCAGCUGCACGCACUGCUCAGAAGGACCGCGACGAGAUUCGUCAGAAAAUGCAGGCGCAGAUCAACAAUCUGAAUGAAAACUUUGAAGAUGCGCAGAUGCGCAUCCGCAAUUUGCAGGGUCACGUAAAUUUUUUGAAAUCGUCGUAUGAUACUGUCUUUUCAGCAGCCGGCGAUGACGCCACGAAAAACGCCAAUCAAGAUUCCUGUUAUUGCGGCCUGGAAGAUUAAACAAUUAAUCGUUUGUUAUGUUUUGGUCGCUUUGUCCCUGUUCAUUCAUUCAAUAAAAUAUUUGAUAUUUGAA